ACUGUCAAGUAUAUAUUUCCUAGCAGUCCCAAAAAGCCCUCCACUCUUCAUUGUCUCCUUCCAUAGACUUCACUUCUUCUGCGAAUUGGGAAUGGCGAACGCUGCAUCAGUUUCAACAUCAUCAAAAGGAAGAUGGAGCAACCUCUCCAAAUACGCUUCUAGAAUUUAUUUUGUCCUCAUCUUCCUUCAGGUCCCUUUGUUCAGGGUGCCAUGCAGAUCUGGUAUGUGCUCAACACCUAUGCAGGUCACAUCUUCCCAGUUGAUUUCCAGUGAGAUAUUUCCUCUACCAUUAGUGAAGGCCAUGCUCUAUCCUGGUGCAGUUGCUAAUGGCUUAAUCACAAACAUGAAAGUUCCAAGCUGGGAUAAUCUGCUUAACAUCUACAACCUGACUGAUGUGAAGAAUGCGUCAGCUGUAACUGAUCUACAGCGCUUGGAGGUUCUUGCUGGAAGCUAUUUCUCUGUGGCUGGAGCUCUUAUUGGUAUUUUAAAACCUGGAAGGAUGAGCAUGUUUGGCACACUACUUGUUGUUUGGGGCCUUAUUAAGGAAGGGAUACUUAACAAGCCAACAAAAGUGGAUCCUGCAAAGGCAGUGUAUGUCUACCCAACAAUGUUACUAGCCUUGGUUUGUUCUUUCCUGUCUGUCAAGUAUGAUAUAAAAAAAGUGACAAGAGGAGGUGCCCCAGCAAGACCUGUUGCAAAACCUCUCAAAAGUUCUUCAAAAGCUAAGCUGAAAUGAGCAUGACUUUCAUGCUUUUGACGUGAUACAAGCACACCAUGCAUAUCCCCUCUUUUUGUCAGCAUCGUUCUUUACUGCUUAUGCAGUGCAGAGGUUUUAUUCCUUUCUUUCGUUUUUCCUGUGAAAUGUAUUCAUACAAGACUUGUUCGAAUUGAUGAAGUGUCUGGACAUGUAAUGUACUUACUGUAAUACAUAUGAAGAAAUUCAGAGGGUUUCUAUGUGUUGCA